AUGAUGCAGAACACUUUGCCAGUACACGCUUGGCAUAGUCCGAUGUGCCUGCAAGGCUUCGAAGGACAUCCAGCCGCAAAAGCUUGUGGCGGCGCUGCCAAGUGCUUGCCACGUGGCCCAGUUGGGUGUAGAAUGACAGGGCUCCUUCGAGAAGAUGACGGUGAGUGCUCUGCCCUGAAGCUGGGCAAUCUGUGGGAUGUCAAAGCAGCAAUGUCAUAUCCUGUGAUAGCAGAAGGAGAGAUUUCGAAAGUGGGUGCAUACAGGGAGGAGAGAGGCAGAAAGUGGUGCAAGAUCAGAGAGAACCGUGUACUUCGACAAGACUGUGACAAAACAUCCACUGACUUCCUUGUGCAGCUACUUCGUGAUUGGGUAGCUGCGGCGAAAACCGAGCUGGUCUUGUAG